AUGCCGUACAACUUUCCUCUCUCUGAAUGGAUGGAAGACGAUGCAACCGCAGCGACACCCGAUUUAGUAGAUUUCGUAGAAUUAGCACAAGAUUCUGAAGAAGAAGAAGAAGAAGAAGAAAGAGAUGAAGAUUACGUUCCGCCUAUAAGAAUGGAAAGGGUUUCACGGAACCAUUCUUCAAAUUCCGUUCAAUCCGUAACACUUUUAGGCGCAGAAGAAGUAAAUGUCUCGACUUCUCAGGUUCCCCAAAACGCAACUGAAGUUGUCGAUGUAGAAGAUGAUUACGGAAGAAGAGAACAAGGAGAAGCGUCUUCCUCGUCGGCCAGGAAAGUUGAAAGGGAAGAAAUUGAUGACGGGGAACUGCUACAUUGGAGCGAUUUGGAUGGUACCAGUUGCUCUAUAUGCAUGGAGCCUUGGUCUGCCGAAGGCGAUCAUAAACUCUGCUGUCUUCCUUGUGGACAUUUAUAUGGCAAGUCUUGCGUAGAGCGAUGGAUUAUACAAUGUGGAAGAAAUAAUGCAAAGUGUCCUCAAUGCAAUAAGAAGUACACAUUGAGUGCUAUCAGGGUGCUUUAUGCAUCACGAGUAGUGGCUGUUGAUGAUAACACACAAAAGAAAGUUGCAUGUCUUGAGGAUGAAGUUAGAUCCCUUAAAUCUAGACUUGAAUCUUCUGAGAGUAGGUUUGAACAUGCUGAGAAGAGUAUUGCGUCCAUUUUGGCGGAAACGAAGACUAAGGGAACUUGCUUGGUGAUUGCGUCUCCGGGACAGGUGCAAAGGAGGCCAUCUGAAUUUAUUGCUGUGCCCGGGGGCUCUCAAGGACAAAUAUUAUCUGAACAAACCAUUGGUGUUGGCAGUCAAGGAUCUUCCCGUUGCAGUUUUGAAUUUAAGCAUGAGUUUCUGGUAGACGGUGCAAGGAUUUUUGGUAUGGAUGCAUCUAGCUCACUUCUGCUUAUUGGACGAAGGCUUCCUGGAAUGGGUGGAAUGCAUGUGCUUACCAAGAUUAGCUUGAUUCAUCCAGAUGAAAGAGAAGAUCUUCACCUUCCACAUAAUACAAAAGCAGUUAAAGACAUACAUGUUUCCCCUUCUUCUAGCAGGCUUGCACUUUUGGCUUCCUUGGGGAAGAAAUUGUCAAUUCUCAGCAUGGAAAGGAACAACUAUGUCCUCACAUAUGAUUUACCGGCGCCUGCUUGGUCAUGUUCAUGGGAUCUCAACUGUUCACAUCACAUAUAUGCUGGACUACAGAAUGGCAUGAUUCAGGUGUUUGAUAUGCGACAAACCAUAGGGCCUAUUAAAUCCUUUAACGGACUGAGUUACCAUCCUGUUCAUACCAUACAGUCUCUUGUGCAUGAUUCAGCCGUUCUUUAUGGUGGCAGUACACUCCUAAGUGCUUCUUCAGUUGGUCCAUGCGUAUGGAACACAGGCGUCGUUGGACAAAGGCCAUCUCUGAUUCCCGGAAUGGAGAACCAAGGAGUCUGUAUAUCACUUGCCUAUUCACCCAUGAGUGAUGACAUUAUAGCUACAUUUCGUCCUAAAGUUGAGACAUUCAAUGAUACCAUCGGUACUCAGCCAUCGUUUUCUCCUUCUCCUUCAGCUCUUGGACAAGGGGUACAAGGUUCCCAUGUCCAUGUUAAGCGAAUAGGGAGCAGCUGUUACCAAAGCUUGGGUUCUACGUUAACCUAUGUAAAUGGUGUGCGAUUGUCCAAGUCCGUAAUUAUAAAUCUAGAGAAUUGCAAUCCUCUUUUAGCAUAUGGGGAUGAAGCAACCCGUUCAAUGAAGAUCUGGGAUUUGUCUAGUUUAAGGGUUAUUCAGACUCUUGAGCAGCAUCAGCAUCCCAUUAUUGAUGUGAAGUACGCAUCUUGGGGCACAGGUUUACUUGGUUAUAUAAGUGAAGACAAACUGGAGCUCUUCUCGACAAGGCUGUCUUGAAACAAGCCUUUCCUGUAUUU